AACCAACACUCAGCCUUCCCACUCCUGUGCGAGCAGAGGCGUGCGCGGCUGAGCUCCUGAAGUCACGGCUCCCUCUACAGUCUGCACGGCGGAAAUUUUCCAUCCAGUGCGGGGGGAGACAAUCAAACUGACUGUGUGUGUGUGUGUGUGAAAGAGCCGGAGCGCGGAGGACGCGGCGGGCACACGUCCGGACACCACAGCCCGGGAGACGGCGCCUCACUUGUGGGAUGCAGCGUCUCGGAGGCGCGGCGGCUGCACCAACACACCCGGAUUCGCACGGAGGAGAAUCCGUCUUCUGAGAGGGGCUGAUUCCCCCUGGUUCCUGCAGGAGGACAAUGGAGAGGGAAGACAUGUCUCAUUCUUUGAAUACUUGAGGAGUGACGACAACUUUCCUCCACUUCCCCUGCGCUGACAGCCGGGGAUAGAGAAGCUCGCAGCGUUCGGACACAAACCGGGAUGUAAAGCCGGACGAUGCGCGCGGAUGGAUUGUGCCGUUUGGAGCAGCGCGCAGUUCGGUGCGUCUGCGGCGGGGACUCGGGGCGACGGUGUCCGCGGAGAUGCGUCGUUCGCUGAGGUCCACGUCCAUGGAUGUUGCGGCUCGGUGGGCGCUGCGCACGGAGCCUGUGGGCGGCGGUGAUUGGACCCGGACGCGGACUUGGGGCUGACGAGCUUGUUUUGUAAGCGAGGAAAUGUGUGGUUUUUCCUUUCCGGAGGGGGGGGGAUCAAUACGAGUUGGUGGCGCACCACGAGGACGCAGGAGAACGCGCACGGAACCAGGAGCUUUGUGUUUGAAACCUUGGAUUUAAAUUCAAAAGCAGAGAUCUCCAUCCCGUCACACGUCCAUGCAUCUAUUGUCACAAGUGGAUGUUUGCUCUGGCACUAAAGUUUUUUUCUCCACGCACGAGACUUUGAUAUUGGAUUUUGAAUCAUCCAUUUUAUGGACUAUAACAAAUAUUUUCCAUGUGGACUUAUCCAGAAAGUUAUGGGACAUUAUAAAGACAUUUUAAAGGACGAAAACAAUCAGCUGCUUAAUUUUUCACCCCGACUAAAAUGUAUUCAAGGAUGCCGGGCAACAUGGCUGUAAACUGGGUUGUGUACUCUGUGUUUCUACUACCCCUGUUCGCAGUGGGGACAGCUUUCUCCGGGGUCUUCAACUCCACCGACAGAGACAUCUUCACCGAUGACUUGCUGCAGGUCAAGCUCACACAAGGCAGAGCGAGCGAGCAGUGGAAGCUCCAGUCGGCCGACUCCCACCCAAACCUGUACUUUAACCAGGUGGAUGUGUUGCACUUGAGGCAGAGGUCCUCCACCACCCACAGUCACAUAUUCAAAGUCAUCCGGGCGGCCGUGCUCACCAUGCUGUCCAAUGUCCCCUUUUACAUACCCCCUGUGAAACACGAGGAGUUUACAAGCAAGUGGAAUGAGAUUUACGGGAACAACCUGCCUCCCCUGGCUCUCUACUGCCUGUUGUGCCCCGAGGACUCUGCCGCCCUGCAGUUUCUUAUCAAGUUUAUGGACAGGAUGGCCGAGUACCCCGACUGGAAGGUGACCAGUGCCCCCAAUGACGAGGUCCCCAUGGCACACUCCCUCACUGGGUUCGCCACUGCAUAUGACUUUAUUUACUCCCAGCUGGAUGAGCGCAGGAGAGACGUUUACCUCAAGAAAAUACGCUCUGAGACCGAGGAGCUGUACGAGCUCUCUAAGUACAGAGGGUGGGGGAAGCAGUAUCUCCAGAAUCAUCAAACUACGAACGUAUUAGCCAUCAUGACUGGUGCAAUAGUGGUGGGAUCACACAACGACCCAGAGUCAAUGAUAUGGAAACAAGUGGCAGUGAACUACAUGGAGAAAACUAUGUUUCUCCUAAAUCAUGUAGUGGAUGGCUCUCUGGAUGAGGGAGUAGCUUAUGGGAGCUACACGGCCAAGUCCAUCACACAGUACGUCUUUUUAGCCCAGCGCCACUUCCACAUUGACAACACGCAGAACAACUGGCUGCUGGGACACUUCUGGUUUUACUACGCCACGCUGUUGCCGGGCUUCCAGAGGACUGUUGGCAUCGCAGACUCUAACUACAACUGGUUUUAUGGGCCGGAGAGUCAGCUUGUUUUCCUCGACACAUUUGUCAUGAAGAACGGAACGGGUAACUGGCUGGCUCAGCAGAUUAGAAAGCACCGACCCAAGGAUGGUCCCAUGGGGCAGUCGUCGGCGCAGCGCUGGGCCACACUUCACACGGAGUACAUCUGGUUCAACUCCCACCUCACGCUGCAGCCUCCCCAGGAUUUUGGCAAAGCGAGGAUGCAUAUUUUCUCAAACUGGGGUGUGGUUACCUACGGAGCCGGGCUUCCCAACGGCCAGGGUAACACUUUUGUCUCCUUUAAGUCUGGCAGGCUGGGUGGCCGUGCAGUCUAUGACAUUGUCCACGACAAGCCGUACUCCUGGGUGGACGGCUGGAACAGCUUUAACCCCGGGCACGAGCACCCGGACCAGAACUCUUUCACAUUUGCACCUAAUGGACAAGUGUUUGUGUCCGAAGCACUUUAUGGUCCAAAGUACAGCUACCUGAACAAUGUUUUGGUCUUCAGCCCCUCUCCUACCAGCCAGUGUAACAGUCCGUGGGAGGGUCAGCUGGGGGAGUGUGCUAAGUGGCUGCGCUGGACUGAUGAAGGUGUGGGUGAUGCUAGAGGGGAGGUGAUUGUCGCCUCCUCGCACGGGGACACCUUGUUUGUGAGUGGGGAGGCCGUGUCUGCCUACUCCUCUGCCAUGAGAUUAAAGAGCGUGUUCCGAGCGUUGGUUCUGCUCAACUCACAGACGCUGCUGGUGCUCGACCACGUGGAGAAGUGGAGCGACUCGCCCGUGACGACGUUCAGCGCCUUUUUCCACAAUCUGGACAUUGACUUCAAAUACGUCCCUUUCAGAUUUAUGGACAAAUACAACGGCGCGAUGAUGGACGUGUGGGACGCGCAUUAUAAAAUGUUCUGGUUCGACGCCCAGGGUCACAGCCCUGACACCAGGAUACAGGAGGCAGAGCAGGCGGCCGAGUUUAAAAAGAGGUGGACUCAGUAUGUCAACGUCACUUUCUCAAUGUCGGGCACGGUCAGCAGAGUAGCUUAUGUUUUACACGGGCCAUAUGUCAAAGUGUCCAACUGUAAAUUUGUGGACAAUGGAAAAAAUGGAGUCAGAGUUUCUUUAACCAUAAAUAACACAGAGAAGGUGGUUUCCAUAGCUACAAACUAUAAAGACAUAGGGGCCAGGUUGAGUUAUUUAGGAUUCGGAGGCCACGGUAAAGUUGAGGAUGGAGAUCAAAUCACUCGAUUUGGCCUCGGGACUCAACUCAUCCCCAAACUAAUCAGCAGUGAUAAUCAGCUGUUUGACUUCGGAUUCACAGUCAAUGUAAUAGCAGGGGUCGUUCUCUUCGUGGCCAUAGGGUUUCUGACCAUGCAGAGAAAGUUUUACGUGUGCUUCAGCAGGCUGAUGCGUUACGCCCUGCUCACUGUGCUCAUUCUGUGGAUAGCUGAGCUGCUGUUUGUGUCUAACAGCUGCGAUCAGCUUCUCUGUGGGGUGAAAUGGAAAAGUGCGGGUGCCAAAAGUGAAGUAAACAAACAAGUCAGACUGUCCGAGCAGCAGCAGCUCCCCCUCCCCACUGUCGUCAUAACAACCCUCCCCGGGUCGGGAUCAGAGAUACUGAAGCAUCUUUUCUACAACAACUCGGACUUUGUUUACAUAAGAGUCCCCACUGAGCACGUUGACAUUCCUGAGACUGAGUUUGAGUUCGACUCGCUGGUCGAUGCCUGCGAGUGGUCAAGGUCAGACGCAGCACACGGACGGUUUAAGAUUAUUCAGGGCUGGCUGCAUUCGCUGGUCCACAACACCAAGCUGCACUUGCAGAACAUUCAGCUGGCGGAGGGCAGCAGGGUCAAACAGCCCCAGAGAGUCGCCCCCUCCAGGGACAGAAAGAAAAGGUCCAGGCGGAGGGAGCCGGUGUCUGAGCUGAAGGGCAGACUGAGGGCCAGCCUGGACAGAGAUGCAGAGUACAUCAGGGAGAUGAGACGACAUGUCGCCGAGUUCCCUGACGCACGGGUGGUCCUCAACAUGCGGAGCGGAAGCUGGGCCCUCAAACUGCCUUUCAUUCAGGAGGUGGUGGGACCCUCUUUGAGGUCAAUCUACUUGGUGCGAGACCCUCGAGCCUGGAUUUAUCUGAUGCUUUACAACAGCAAACCCAGUCUUUAUUCCCUGAAAAACAUCCCGCAGCACCUUUCCCUGAUAUUCAAGGAUGAUGCCGUCAGGAAUGGGUGCCCGAGCGUGGCGCCGGAGUUUAAAACAAUCCAGAGGCUGCUGUCCCGUUCGGAGACGAACCCGGCCCUCGUACUGGCUCACCUGUGGCUGGCUCACACCGCAGCGGUGCUGAGGGUCAGCGAGGGCCUCCCCGAGGAGUCCUACCUCCAAGUGAGGUUUGAGGACGUGGUCAACUUCCCGCAGGAGACGGCGGAGAGCAUACACACAUUCCUGGGGGUGCCCCUGACGCCCACAGCCCUCAACCAGCUCCUCUUCACCACCUCCACGAACUUGUACAAUCUCAUGUAUGAAGGAGACAUCUCACCAGCCAAUAUUAACAUGUGGAGACAGAACAUGCCUCGAAAGGACAUCCGGCUAAUAGAGGACGUGUGUGGGGGGGUGAUGAAGAGGCUGGGUUACACCCGGUUGGCGAGUUAACUUUGCUGCUGCUGGUCGGCUGAUACCGAGCUGUCUUGUUUACUGGAGCUGCCGUGGAAGUUCUGUUAAGUUGUUGAUUUUUUGCACUGACGCUUUGUUUUAAAGGGAUUUUUCUGUCUGUUAAAGUUUAUAUUUUUUUCCUGUUGUUUUGUGUUUGUUUGGGGGAAUGUACAGUGUCGCACCGACUGCAGACACAGAUGUUGGCGAGGGAGGAAUAUUUUACAUUAAAAUAGGUGAAAGGAAGCUUCUGUUAUCACUCUUUUAUUUUAUUUUUUUUCCAGCAGCUCUUCACACUUGUAGAGCUCUUUUAUUGAGUGACACUUUAGACCUUUGCUCUGCAGAGGGAAGCCACUGAAACUCAGCAUAAAGUUUAAUAUUAUUGCGGCGUCCUAGAACAGCUCAGUUUCUCCGUGUGUGUGUGUGUCUCAGAAAAAAAAAGUUAUUUUCCUCCCCCAUCGCUAAUCUGUGCUGUCUGAAAGAUGUUGUGCAAAAUCCAUAUCUGUUAUUACUGGACUAGGGGAGGGAUCAAGGGAUAUUUACUGGUUUUGGAACAGAUACGUUAUGAAGCUCAUUAGGAAAUAAGGCUCGUCUUUAUCGACAGACCCGGGUUUGUAGCUGUGGGAGACUAAUUUGGCCGUCGUGAAUUUUAAUAUCUGAACCUUUCAGUGCUUUUUUCCCUUUACAAACUGUAAAUACAUGCUGCAGUGUAUAGACUCAAAGCCGAGCAGAGAACAAGAAGACGACAGCUGUGCUUUAUUGUUAUGAUACAGGCAUCGACACGAUAGCGGUUGUGUUUUCAUCGCGCCAGUAGAGGGAUUUUUAUUAUUUUUAUUAUUUGAAGCUCUAAGAUGUCACGACAGUUUUGUUGGCUUAGCACUUUCACAGGGACUCUUUUGAUUGUAUGUGGGAUUCAGUGCAUUUUCCACCAGCUAUCUUUUACUCUCAUGUACUUGAUUAGCUUGGAAAAAUCUUAAACCUCGGAAGAUAUAUGAAACCUCUGAAGAUAUUAUGUCGAGAAGAAAAGAAAGUUAGAAGUAUUUAUGGGCUCCAAAGACACAUAUCCCAAAGGAUCAGGAAUGAAUAUGAUUAUUAUAACUCCCUUUGGCAUUUAUUGAAUUAGAUCAGAGGGAAGUACUUAAUGGGGAUCAAACUGGGGGAGAAAAAAAAAAAACUGUCAGCCUUGACACAUUUCUUGUCAAUGCAAUUUCCAAAGCAUCCCCCUCAGCUACUCAUAUUAAUCUGCAAAAUGCCAUAACCGAGGCUUACCCUGUGUUAUAUUGCUGUGCUAUCUUCACUAUAAAAAGGCCCUGCAGGAAAUUCAGACGGCACGAGUCUCCAUUUCCUGUUUGUGGUCAAUCAGAUAUCCGAUGAUCUUUUUCGGGGCCUUUGUCUUGAAAGCGAGCAAACGGGAGGAAUAUUAAGUAAAAAAAAAAAGUCAGAGACCAUUUCUACUCUGUGACGCUCUAACGCUCUCUGGGCUGCAAUGUACACUCUUCAGUAACCUUGGAUGCUGUCUCGCUUAAACAUGUCUGCAAUGUAAGUGGAUCACAUGUAUCAAACAGACUCGAUUAUAUAGACUCUCCAUUGCAUCUGUAUGCAAAAUAUUACAUUCUGUGGCCAUUUUUGGAAACGACCAUCUUCUCUCAUCUAUAGACACAGUCCUGUUUGUUGUUUUUGUUUUUUUUCUUCUUUUCCGCCGAAACCCCUGACUGCCUGGAAAACCCGUUUGAUGUUCGUGGUCUUUGAAUGUGUAGACUUGGCAGACACGCUCUCACUUUGGUGUUGCAAUCCUGUUACCAACUCUGUUUUGUAUUUGCUCGUGGGGAUAUGGUUCCAUGCUUCUGUGGCCUUGAAUUACAAUCAUGUCUUUAUAACGUUUUUUUUCUCUGUAGCAGGAGGUGGAGAUGAUGUGGAGAAGAAAUAAUAAAUUCAUAAAUAUAUUGACAACCA